CACCUUGUUAGCACCGCCAUUAGUCUCCCUUUACAUUCGCUGAUUGGUGAUUUACAUUUGCAGCCAAAUAACAUCUUUACUGCUGUUUACCGAGGCUGCAGAGGGGAACCGGGCCAUUUGAUAUAAAAAGUGGAGCAUCGGGGUCUCCAGAGUCAUUCCAGCUCCAAGCUGCGUUCAAACAGACCAACAUGUUGGGUUUUGCGCUCAUUUCUGCGUCUCUGCUGUGGGUCACAGCAUCCUGGCCUGCGCAUCAUUUCCCCUCAGAAAGAGAGUCAGACGAGGUCCGCUCAGCUGCCAUUAAAAGACUCCUGGAAGUAUUUGGGAUGGAUGACCCUCCUGCUGUCCAUGCGUACAAGCAGCCUCCUCAGUACAUGCUGGAUCUGUACAACACGGUGGCUGAUGUGGACGGUGUGACCAAGGAUCCCUACCUGCUGGAGGGGAAUACAGUGCGCAGCUUUUUUGACAAAUUGCACAGUGAACAGGUGGAGUUCAAGUUUAAUUUGUCUUCUGUGGCAAGAAGUGAGAAGGUCCUCACAGCAGAGCUGCAUCUCUUUAAGCUGAGACCCCAAUUAUACCUCACAUUCAGCAGACACCACUUCUGCCAGGUCAGCGUUUAUCAGAUUCUGGAUGGCAGCAAAACAAACAGCACACAGCCAAAGAAGUUGCUGUCUUCUAGACUCAUCCCAGUCCACUCAACCGGAUGGGAAGUAUUCACAGUCACACAAGCUGUCCGCUCAUGGAUGGCAGAUGAAAGCAGUAACUUGGGGCUCCAUGUGGUGGUCAGGACCCUGGGGGGAAGCCAGGCGGACCAGAAACUGAUCCGCUUUGCUUCAGGGCGCCACCAUCACCUGAGCAAACAGCCCAUGCUGGUUCUCUUCACCGAUGAUGGCCGUCGCUCUGCUGCCCUCGAGAGCACAACUCCCCAUGAGGCGAUUGCCACGUCCCUCCUCCCUCAGACCCCUACAUCGAUCAAAUCUUCCCGUACCGCUCGCUCCCUGGACUACGGCGAGGAGGAAGGCCGCUCCAAGCCCUGCCAGCGCCUGCCUCUGUAUGUGGACUUCGAGGAGAUUGGCUGGUCGGGGUGGAUCGUGUCUCCCCGGGGCUACAAUGCUUAUCACUGCAAGGGGUCCUGCUCCUUCCCUUUGGGUCAGAACAUGAGGCCGACCAACCAUGCCACCGUCCAGUCCAUCAUCAAUGCCCUGAAGCUGAUCCGAGGCAUUGAGACGCCGUGCUGCGUGCCCGACAAGCUUUAUUCCAUCAACCUGCUGUACUUUGAUGACGAUGAGAACGUUGUUUUAAAGCAGUAUAAUGACAUGGUGGCUGGAAGCUGUGGCUGUCACUGAUGUCAUAAAGCCUCUUGUGUUGAGCGACACAGCUUCUGCCAGAUUUAAUUUUCACUCUUACCCAUCCUGUUGCCCUUUCACUAUUAACUCAUGAGUAAAUAUGCUGAGCUAGACAAACAAUACUGUAAUAUAUGUAAAUAACCACAUAAAUUAUAAUAUAUGACUGUGAUGGAAGAGAUAGCCACAAAAUGUGUAAAUAUGUAUAUGUUAUGUUUUGUUGUUUUUUAUUUUUAUGAGGUAAGAAUAAAUUG